UACAUUGUCAUUUAUGUAUCAGAAAUAUGGUCGACUUUUGAAACCCACACUGGAGCAACUGAUCAUGGUGGCUCUCUUUGACUCCUAUAUAUUUUCCGUCUAGUGGGCAUUUCGUCUGUCGUUCUGAUUGGCUAAGGUUUGGAGGUUAGUGCUCACGCUGGGAGUAGGUGUUAGUCGUGAGGAUUGUGUGCGCAGGCAAAGAAAAACAAAUGUCAGCAGUGCGCUGAGCGGGCGCCAAAUAAAUUUCACAGAGGUCUAAAGAGUUUUCACAGACUUUCCACCACCACCACCAAUCAGAACGGUUGCUUCCAGGAGGGUGGGUUGAAGAGGUGACACCAGCAAAAGUCCAAGCCGAGAACGUUUGGCGGGGGCGAAUGUUGUUGACAUCUACUUAACGAGUGUCUAAGAUGCUGCCUCCAGAGCUUCGAAAGAAUCUCAGACUUAUGCGCGAACUAGACGCGCAGUCCCAAGAUCUCCAAAGGCGUAUAGAAGACACGCUCGCGGCACGGAUUGCCGAGCUCAGGGAGCGCGCGGAGGGUGGGUCGCCGAAGGAAGGGAGUGUGACCCCCGGAAAAGAUGCGCAUGGGAAGGAGCGGCAGAUCGAGAAGGAUCAUGACGCGUGCGCACAGCUGGCGGAUAAAAAGGUUGCUCUUGCGGAGCAAACCUAUAACCUGAUCGACAAGCACAUACGACGGUUAGACACCGACCUCCACCGCUUACAAGCGGAAGUCAAGGCCGAGCGCGCCGCGGCCGCCGCAACUGCCGCCGCCGCAAACCCCCCCCUUCAGGAGCAGCCGAAAACAUCCCCCCGGGACAGCAACGGGGACGCACACACCCCGGGGGGCACUCAGCGGAAAAGAGGCCACGUGGCAACGGGCGCCCCACCAGUGGUUCCGGAGGCGCCAGAGCCUCCCCCUGUGGAGAUCAACCUGGAAAUAGAUCCAAACGAGCCGACCUACUGUUACUGCCAACAGGUCUCGUUUGGCGAAAUGGUGGGCUGCGAUAAUAAAGACUGCGAAAUUCAGUGGUUCCACUUCGAUUGCGUGGGACUCACUACCAAGCCCCGGGGCAAGUGGUACUGCCCCGACUGCAUAACAAAAGUCAAACGGAAGCGGACAAAGUGACCGGGGUGCAGGGCGGCGGUCGCCCUGAUAGACAGGGUUAAGUUCUGGUUAGGGCAACGUUAGGCCCAGGUAAGGCUCACGUUAGGCUAAGAGUAAGUAAAGGGAUCAGAGGCUUUCGGGAACUUAUACGCCUUGGACGGAGGCGCCAUAAGUUUCGAAAGACUCAUCUAUGGGCGUUGCCGGGAAGCGUGUUUCUGAUGCGGUUUUGCUUUAUAGGCAGUACUGUCGGCCAUAUGCUGAUCUGGGUCUGCAAGUCAUUGUUCGGCGGCCGCAUCGCUUCAUCUGUGAACCAAUACAUAUCUUCACAAUGGUGGUUGGUUUGGAUCCUAGAGCCUUCUUCGCUUUCCAAAUGCUUGAAGUACCUAGCUACUUAACACUGAGAGAUGACUGGCAGAAGAGUGCUCUGCCAGAGGUCGGACGGAAC